AUGUGUAUGCCACUGGGACCCAAGUACAUGUCAGAAACUGUGAGUCUCCAGAUAGAGCUGGGGACUGAAUUGGAGCCAACAAAGAUGUCCUCCCCAGCACAACAUUCCAUAGAGAUCCCUGGGCCCAGGUCUCCAACUCAGGGUCCCCCAUGUGGUGUUGAGGCUGCACCUUUACAGGAAGCACCCAGGGACAUGACUCUGAACUAUGAGGUGGACAUUAUGGAGAGCCCCUAUCUGAAUACCAAUGGCUCAGAAACAUUAGCAGUAAUAACAGAGGAAGUUUAUAGUGAUGAAGAGGCCACCCCUCCUGUCCUUGGCCCAAGACCAGAUCAUACAAAAUCAGUUGCUAUUAAACAGAUUAAUUUACAGAAACACCCACAGAAGGAACUGAUCCUUAAUGAGCUUUUGGUGAUGAAAGAAUUAAAGAAUCCCAACAUAAUUUACUUCUUAGAUAGUUACCUGGUAGGAGAUGACUUUUUAGUAUCAGAGUACCUUGCCGGUGGACAACUGACUGAUGUUGUUACAGCAACUUGCAUGAAUGAGGCAUAGAUUGCUGCUGUGUGCAGAGAGUGUUUACUGGCAUUAGAGUUUUCACAUGCCAAUCAUAUCAUUCACCAGGACAUAAAAAGUGAUAAUAUGGUUUUGGAAAUGAAAGGAGAAGUUAAACUUACUAACUUUAGUUUUUGUGCUCAGAUCACCCCUGAGCAGAAUAAACGCACUACCAUGGUUGGAACACCUUAUUGGAUGGCCCCAGAAAUGGUUACGUGGAAAGCUUAUGGUGCUAAAGUUGACAUUUGGUCUGUAGGUAUCAUGGAUAUUGAGAUGCUUGAAAGAGAGCCUUCAUAUCUGAAUAAAGAUCCCUCAAAGGCCUUAUACCUGAUUGCAACAAAUGGAACUCCCAAACUUCCAAAUCCAGAGAAACUUUCCCCAGUAUUUCAAGAUUUCUUAAAUCAAUAUUUGGAAGUGGAUGUUGAGAAAGGGGGUUCAGCCAAAGAAUUGAUACAGCACCCAUUUCUGAAACUGGCAAAACCAUUAUCUACUUCAUACCACAUAUCCUGGAAGCUAAAGAAGUAUGAAUAG